AUGACACAAACAAAAAUACAUUUUUAUAGAAAUCCUAGUAGUGGACUGAGCAAUUUGAUUCUUCAUAAAACAGAAUGGGACCGAAUCACAAAGCAGACGAAGCCGCAGGAGAAACGUUUGCAACAAGAGAAUAAAUAUGUGCAGGCCUUGAUAGAGCAGUCGCAGGCAUGGCUGAAAAAUUGGCCUGACACCGUAGAAGGUUGUGUAGCAAAAGCAGAGCAGAAAAAGAAAAAACAACGUUCUAAAGAACUCGCCUUAGUCAAAGAGUUUUCAAAUAGAAAGGUCGUGAAAAAUAACGAGGAAGUCAUACAACAGGCGAGACAACAGAUCUUUGAAGAAAGCUGUUACGGAAGAAAACUUAUGAGCGCGCUUCACGAAUCCAAGGAUCAAGAAGAGAGAGAGGCACAAAUAAAUUUUAAAAAAGAAAUAAAACAAAAGGAAACGGAACAAGAACAGAAGAUAACUAAAGCUGUGAAGUUCUGUACAUUCGAGUUGGACAAGGACGUGGAAACUGUGAAGGAACAACAGAAAUGUAUUGACGUUGAAACAUCCAAAGCGAAUAAAGAAAUGUAUGAAAAACAAAAAGAGGAAGAAACUAAGGCGAAAGAGAAACAAAAGCAAGAAGACCUUGGUAACGCAAAAUUAAUGAAGCGUCUUCUGGAACUUGAAAAAGAAGCCGAGACCAAAAUGAAACUUUUAGAAAAACAAGCUCUAGACCAAUGUGCAGCUGAAUACAAAAAGACAAAAGACGAGCUAGCUAAAUGGGAAGCUGAGUAUCUUGCUAAGAUAGAAGUUUGUCGGAAGGAACAGGAACAACUGAACUUUCAAAUCAAACAAGUCCAUGAUCGGAUCUUCAAAGAGUAUCAAGAUACAUCAAAAAUGAAAAAUAACUUCAAUGCCACAAAACAGUUACAAUUAGAGAAAAAGAAAAUUUUCGAUGACUUUAUCGAAAAACAUAUCAAGAAAGGAGAAGAUAGAGCGGAUAAAAAAGAACGCAAAAAUAUAGAGAAGAUAAAACAACUUCGCAAAAACAACAAGACUGUAGCCGAGAUCAACAAAUCAAUGGCUGAAGCUGUGAAUCAUCGACAAGACAUCAACAAGUGCUACUGUGACCGACAAUGUUACAUAACGAAGUCCGAAAAACCACGCAUUAUGAAGAAAGCGGCACGAGAUACUAUUGAGCCGGAGGUUAGAGCAGCCAAACCGCUCCCAUACUUCGGGCCUCAGAGAAAGCUGUUGGUAGACUUGAGACGUCGCGAGAAGGAACCUAGUCCAUGGUCCGGCACAAACAGCUUGCAUGUGCUGUUCUUCAAAAACGCUGAAAAAACAUUAAGCGACUGCAAGAACAAAAUACCCGCGAGAAAAGUUAUUGAUGAAUACAAAAAAUACAACGGAUUGAAUAGGACAACUCCGAAUUACAAUUAA